AUGGGAGACCUGCAUAGCCGGAGGAGCCCUCCAUUUCCUUCGCCAACCGAGACCGUGUCGCCCGUCGCCGUUCCCCAACCUCACCACCUGCAACCCCCGCGAUCGCCACCAAGCUACAGAAUUCCCCGCGAUAAGCAUGCUGGAAAUAUAUCGGGAGAUGGAAUGACAGGUGGGGGUGACGGGUCGACCAGACAGACAGCUCGGAUGCCUCGAUUCUCACGUGGAGAUUCUACCGAACAGGUUGCUGGCCUGACCCCCGUCACCGAGGACGUACGGUCUGGGAGCGAGCGGCAAGAGGACCAGGGACGGAGUUCACAAACCUUAAAAGAGCUGCGAAGACAAAUGGAAGAGCUGCUUGUAUACCAGCAGAUGCAGCAAACUCAGAAUCAGCGUUCUUCGACGGCCCAGCUGACACCCGGCCAUUCGAGCGAAACUCCCCGGAAAAGGCGCCUGUCCAAUACGUCCGCAGAACUUUCUCCUACGAUCAUGCCACCGUCGUCUGAUUCGGUGGGCUCGGGGGGAACUAUCAAAGGCGUCAAUGUCCGAUCCUCACCCGGCCGUCCUGUGAACCAAACACCCUCAUACCCUUUCCCGAGAGUCCACAAUCAACCGCCGGUGGAGGCUGAGCCGACGGGGCGUUCGGGCCAAUUUCGAUUGAAGCUUCCCUCCGACAAACUCAAAUCACCAUCACCGACAACUCAUGCCAUGAAAGAAGACCCUUAUGCGAAAAAUCCGGCCUCGGCUCCAGUGUUUCUACCGCCUGAUCACAAAAGCCUAGCUUCUGACCCGGCGUUUCCAACUCCAAAUCUUUAUGAUCUGACGUUAAAGCUGAAUGCGGAUCCCGGACUUGAAGCCUGGUGGUCUAAUCUGGUCGAAAUUCUAGAAUCUCAUUAUGGAGCGGAACGUGUGUCUCUUGCGGUCCCAGGAGACGCGACAGACCUGGAAAAUGUGCCAUGGGGUCAGAAGGCCUUUUAUAGCCAGAAUGGCAGCACGUUGUCAGAACAUGCCCAACUCGCUGUACAAGACGACCCGCCCUUGGGAACUCCCGGUGGCCGCAAAAAAGGCGAUUUAACGCAGGAGAAAUUGGGUGGAGUGCCGGAUUCUCAACCCAAGGCCUCGAGGCCCUUCUCUGCAGCGACUCGACCGUCCUUAAUGUCUCGCCAUUCAUUUGGUGGCUUCGGUCACGGUAAGAAACCCUCGCCAGAGACGGACCAGGACGGACAGCAGCACUCGUCGAAGACCAGCACUGGUAAAUCCGAGAAGAAACAUGCUCGCAUUUCCGAGAGGACUGAGACUAUGCAAUCAUCGAGCAGCCACAGACAUUCCAUGGCGCAACCAAAAUCGAGUGACUACGCAAGCAUUUCUCUACACGCCUUGCGACAAGCAGUUUUUCCAGUAGCAAGACCACUGGAGAUGGAAUCGGACCCUUUAAUCAAACGCACCGGUGUAGUCAGGCUGUUUGGACGGCCAAACCCGGUAGUCCUUACACGGGAAUAUUCACCAAGGUCAAUGCAUGCUUCCCAAAUGUCGAAUGAGUCAGCUUUGAGCCCUUUGGAAACAGUGCAGGUCACACCGAAUGUUGAAGAGCCCAAGGAGAUAAACCCUGCGACAACCUUAAGCUCGGUGAAACAGGCUCUCACGGCCAGCCUCACUGCCCCGGGAUUUAGACACUAUGACGAAUAUGAGCAGGUUCCUCAGUCACCAUGGUCUCAAUCUCCUGCACCUUCACCGGCUCCCCGGACCCAUGCAGAUCAAAACCCAUUCUUCACCAGUCAUUCUGUCGAUGAAGGUGCCUUCUCGAAGAAUCCACCCGCGCACGACUACUCCAGCGCAAAUCCUUUAGAGGCUAUCGGUAUUGAUCAGUCCAAGACGUUGAUCCAUAUUCCUCUUCUACAUGGUGGCCCUUCCGACUCCAAUUUCUCGUCGACGCUGAGAUUCCCCGUUGCUAUUAUAUCAUUUAUGACUCCUAUUGUCCCUUAUCCGCCCAACCUUCGGCAAUCUCUCGUCUACCUAAUGCCGCACCUGACAACAUCUUUCUGCUUGGCUCAGCACUACAGUCAACUUGAACGUCAGGUGGUCUCAAAGGUGGAGACCCCACGGUACGGGAAUCUUCUGGGACUUGGUGGAACGUUCUCCGAUGCGAGCAGCGAGCUGGAACUUGUUGCGGGUUUGAGUAGCCAUGUCAGCUGCUCUGUCGGCGAUGAGAACUCUACGUCAGGACGUGCCAGCAUUGCCAGCCCCAGUGAUCGCUCGUCCAUGAAAUUCAGCCCCGCUAUAUCCAGCAUCGGAACACCUGGGUUUGAACUUGGUCAGAUGGGACUCGGCUCAGCAACCCAGUCUCCAUGCUUCGUUUCGCGCACCGGUGAAGGCGCAGACAGCUACUUCAAUGUGCCACAGUCGAAGAGCACUCGUGAUAACGUUCAUCCUCAGCGACCUCGCCUUACGAAACCUAAGUCUAAUCUUGUGUCAUCGACGCCGGAAUCCCCUGGAAAGUUGCCUGGAAAGGCACCGAUUGUUGAAGACAAUAAUUCUCAAGAUCCAUCUGUUGUUGCUUCUCCAUUAAAUGAGAUGAGGCCGUCUCUGAUUGUGUCCCCAACUCAGCAAUCGUCACGCCAGGCAUCUACAAACUCCUACUAUGCACAGCUUCAGCGGGAUGUUCCACGUCCCUUUUCCGAUACAAUAACACAGUUGAUGCUCAAUUCCAUUCCUCUUCAUCUCUUUUUGGCCAAGCCACAAAGCGGCGAGGUGAUCUGGACCAAUGCCAAGUUUGAUGCCUAUAGAAGAAGCAAACCGCAAGAGCAGAAGCUGCGAGAUCCUUGGCAGAAUAUCCACAGCAGCGAACGAGACCAUGUAUCUGGUGAAUGGGCCAAUGCUCUACGCACCGGCUCACAAUUCACGGAGAGAGUUCGUGUGAAACGAUUCAAUGAUGAAAGUGCGUAUCGAUGGUUCAUUUUCCGAGCCAAUCCCCUCCUGUCUUCGACCGGUGAGGUUCUAUAUUGGAUUGGAUCCUUCCUCGACAUACACGAGCAGCACAUUGCCGAAUUGAAGGCCACGCAAGAACGGGAAAAAUUUGCCACAGAUGCUAAAUACCGGGCUUUCUCAAACUCGAUCCCACAGAUCGUGUUUGAGGCAACAGAGAACCGUGGUCUGAUCUUCGUCAAUGAGCAGUGGAAUCUGUACACAGGCCAAAGUCUCGAAGAAGCUCUCAAUCUUGGAUUCGCAAGACAUGUUCAUCCAGAUGACCUGGAUAAGUGCGGCGGACUCUCCAUUCCACUUAACCAAGAGUCGAAUGACUCUGGCACUGCCGAAUCUGACCAGCCAUCUUCAGAAAACCACGGCGUCGAGUCUGUGCUCCACGAGCUUGUGAGGCGUGGUGUCGCAUCAUCUCAGAAAGAUGAAAAUGGGCGUGUAUUCUAUUCUACGGAAAUUCGUCUCAGCUCUAGGGGCGGCGAUUUCCGAUGGCACUUGGUCCGCUUGGUGCGUGUUGAGACGAGCAGCUUCGGGAGUGAAGAAUCGUCUUGGUACGGCACUUGCACCGACAUCAAUGACCGGAAGAACCUCGAACGGGAGCUGAACAAGGCCAUGAGUCAGCUCAACAACCAAAUGGAAUCCAAGACAAAGUUCUUCAGCAACAUGUCGCAUGAGAUCAGAACUCCUCUCAACGGCAUUUUGGGCACUUUGCCAUUUAUACUCGAUACCCAGCUCGACAGUGACCAAAGGCGGAUGCUGGAUACGAUUCAGAAUAGCUCCACCGGUCUCCGCGAGCUUGUGGAUAACAUUUUGGAUGUUUCUAGAGUGGAGGCAGGCAAGAUGUCGAUGGUCAACUCUUGGUUCCAUGUUCGGUCCAUGAUUGAAGAAGUGAUCGACACAAUUUAUUCCAAAGCGAUCGACAAGAACCUUGAAGUCAACUACCUGAUAGACUCGGACGUGCCGGUAUUGGUGAUUGGUGACCGAUUCCGAAUUCGUCAGGUCCUUCUCAACCUGGUCGGAAAUGCCGUCAAAUUCACUUCUCAAGGCGAAGUUCACAUCUGCUGUAACCUUUACCACCAGAAUUCGGGAAAGAUCAAUGACACAGAGGUUUUCCUGAACUUCGAUGUCGUCGACACCGGAAAGGGGUUCAGCUCCAACGAUGCCAAACGCCUGAUGCAAAGGUUCAGCCAGUUGGGCGAGAAUGGGUCGCAGCAAAAUGCUGGUAGUGGCCUGGGUUUAUUCUUGUCCAAGCAACUUGUGGAAAUGCAUGGUGGUAGGCUCACACCUAGCAGCAAAGAGGGUCAAGGAGCCAAGUUCUCCUUCAAUGUGAAGGUUGAUGCUCCUGCACCUCCAUCGCCGUCUGAAAGACCAGGAUUACUCCGCCAGCCCUCGAAUGCGUCCAGACGACCGGGAACGUCCAGGGUGAACUCUUACGAGCAAACCACAGCGGUACCAUCACGAGGUUUGGAUCCAAAGCUGCAAGACCUCUCGAACAUGUCACUCGGUCUUGAGUCCCCGGCAGUGGCGUCAACCGAAUUAUCGGCAAACUCGAUUUCAAAGGGUCUUUUCCCGUCUUCCACUAUAUCGUCUGCUCUCCCGACUCCGGAUAUUCACACCGUGCACCAGGCACCAGGCCUGCACCAAGCUUCCAAUACCAGUGCAUCGAAUCCACCGGGCCGUCUGUCACCGCCAACAUCCAAGAGCUCUGUAUCUCCGACAAAGGGGUCUGGACCAUCUGCUGCCGUCAUGCCUGAAGGUCCACUUUCAAUCGUCAUUAUUUGUCCCCUUGACAAUACACGCGACGCUGCAAAGCAACACAUCGAGCAUGUCAUACCACAUGAAGUUCCAUUUACCAUCACAACUCUGCCCGAUGUCGACGAGUGGAAAGAUAUGAUGCAGUCAGGAGGAUCCAACGGUCACUGCACCCAUUUGGUUCUCAAUCUCCCUGCAGCCGAUGAUAUUUCAGAAGUCAUUCAGCAUGUGUCGGAGCUUGACAAGGAAAACACUCCCGCUGUUGUCGUCAUAUCAGACCCUUAUCAGAAGCGCCAAAUUGCUACCCGAGUCUCCGAGAUUGCCGCCACGGGAAAGCGGAUCUUCAUCGUGAACAAGCCUGUCAAGCCUUCGGCAUUUUCGGCCAUCUUCGACCCCGAGAAGAAGCGAGAAUUGAGCAAGGACCGCAGAGAUGACGAAAAGCAAGAGGAUAGCAAUAACUUCAAGACUGUCUCCAAAAUGGUCAAAGAGGUUCUUGGUAACAAAGGCUACCGGAUUCUGCUUGUGGAGGAUGACGAGACCAAUCGCAAUGUCAUGCUCAAGUACCUGCACAAGAUUAAGCUUUCUUCGGAGACCGCCUCCGAUGGAAAGGAGUGCAUUGACAUGGUGUUUUCGAAAGAGCCGGGUUACUACUCUCUCAUCAUUUGCGAUAUUCAAAUGCCGGUGAAAAACGGCUACGAUACUUGCCGUGAGAUUCGGAGCUGGGAACAAGCGAAUCACUACCCCCAGAUCCCCAUCAUGGCUCUCUCAGCGAAUGCGAUGAAGGAUCAAAUUCAGGAUGCUGCGCAGGCAGGCUUUAACGACUACGUCACUAAGCCUAUCAAGCACAAUGAUCUGGGGAAGUCGAUGAUGGAACUUCUUGACCCUAGCCGGCCUCUCGUAUUCCUCCGAGACCGUCUUGCCCUGGAUGAACAAGAUCUAUCCACUCUCCAUUAAUGCCCUGCAUCUUUUCCACGCCUUUUAUGACAGCAUUCCUCUUCCUUUGUCCCAUGAGCCGUGAG